AUUAAUGCAACCUCUUUCAAACUCUCCCAAGUCCCAGGCAUCAAAGAAUGAUUAUGCUCCUUGACAAACUUUGCGAUAAUAAAAAAAUAUGAAAAGCUGAGAACAGAGGAAAAAUGCAAAAUUCAUGAGUUCAAGAAAUCGUGGAAUGCAUAGAAAUGCUCAGGAGAAAUUUUAGGUAUUUCAAGAAACUUAAGUUUAUAUCCUUGCUAGUUUAAUUUUUAAUUUAUGGUUUUAUAUAAUUAAGUUAGAUGGUUCAUAUUUAGUUAUGAACACAAGCUGGUUAAUAACUUCGUAUUGUUCACUUCCCUCCUUUUUGGCUUCCUUGGGGCUCAAGCAAGGUAAAACCAUAGAGUGUUGCCUUUUGCAUUAGGCAAUAAAAUACCAAAGUACUCUACUCCUAUGGAAUCGGCCUUUUGAACUAUUCAAUGGUUUGUUUUGAAUACUAAUUGCUUUGUAAAAAUAGAAUCCACCACUUGUCAAUAUUGCCACAUGUUUCUGAUUUCAGUUUUCUAUUUAAAGACCUAGAAACAUACAACAUUUUUGACGAGAUACUAAAUAAUCAGAAAAUGAAGAUCAAUCCAUUGAUGUUCAUCGCCUUGAUGGUACUCUUGACAUCAUUCCCCACUCCAACGCUCUCUUAUUGCAAAGAGUCACUUUAUUUAUGUAUACAACAUAUGAAAGAUAGAGCCACGUGGCUGAAAUGUUGUGAUAGACUAAUAGUAGCAGGACCAUGUAUGUGUAAGUAUAUUAAAGAUCCUGUGCAAAAGAAAGAUGCUUACCGUCUUAUGGCUUCUUGUGGAAAGACUAUUCCUAUAAAUCAGGAUCUCAGGAAAUAUUACAAGUGUGGCUAAAAAUAGUCAACCAACGAAAGCGAUAAGCGGUCGUCAAGCCGAACCGGAGAUACUUAAAUAGAUUAGUACUUAUAUCGAGUGUUUCCUUGUCUUCUUUUAAUCGUUCAAGUUGUUGCUCGAAUUGGCCUUGUUUAUGUUUAUGAACCAUCUCUCCCACUUUCCACGUUUUUCUUGCUUUUUGGAAUUCACUCUUUUAAAUUCGCUCCUUUGUACUUGCUUCUAUUUAAAGAAACAAAGAAGGUAGUCGACUUGUAUUUAAAGAAACGAAAAAAAGGUAGUCUAAACUAGAGAAAACGGCAUGUGCAUACA